GGGGCUGUGGCUUCGGUGCCUGGGAAGCCGUGCGCGUCCCCCGGCGGCGGCAGCAGCGGGAGGCAAGGGGCGCCGCGGAGGAGCCGAGCCCGCCGAGCCGGGCGCUCUAUUUCAGCGGGCGAGGCGAGCAGCUGCGCCUGCGAGCCGACCUCGAGCUGCCCCGGGACGCGUUCACGCUGCAAGUGUGGCUGCGAGCAGAGGGGGGCCAGAGCUCUCCGGCGGUGAUCACAGGGCUCUAUGACAAAUGUUCUUAUGCCUCACGUGACCGAGGAUGGGUCGUGGGCAUUCACACCGUCAGUGACCAAGGCAGCAGAGACCCACGCUACUUUUUCUCCUUGAAGACAGACCGGGCCCGGCAAGUGACCACCAUCAAUGCCCACCGCAGCUACCUCCCAGGCCAGUGGGUGUACCUGGCUGCCACCUACGACGGGCGGCUGAUGAAGCUCUACAUGAACGGUGCCCAGGUGGCCACCUCGGGGGAGCAGGUGGGCGGGAUCUUCAGCCCCCUGACCCAGAAGUGCAAAGUGCUCAUGCUGGGAGGCAGCACCCUGAACCACAACUACCGAGGCUACGUGGAGCGCUUCAGCCUGUGGAAGGUGGCCAGGACGCAGCGCGAGAUCGUGCUGGACAUGGGGACCCGCGGCCCCCAGGGCCCUCUACCUCAGCUGCUCCUGCAGGAGAACUGGGACAAUGUGAAGCGGGCCUGGUCCCCCAUGAAGGACGGCAGCAGCCCCCACGUGGAGGUCAGCGGCGCCCCCGGCUUCCUGCUGGACACCAGCCUGGAGCCGCCGUUGUGCGGGCAGACGCUCUGCGACAGCCCCCAGGUCAUCGCCAACUACAACCAGCUGCCGCGGCUCCGCCGGCCCAAGGUGGUGCGCUACCGCGUGGUCAACCUCCACGACGACGGCCGGGAGAACCCCACCGUGAGCCGGCAGCAGAUCGACUUCCAGCACCGGCAGCUGGCCGAGGCCUUCAAGCACUACAACAUCUCCUGGGAGCUCGAGGUGCUGGAGGUGAGCAACUCCUCGUUGCGCCGCCGCCUCAUCCUGGCCAACUGCGACAUCAGUAAGAUCGGGGACGAGAACUGCGACCCCGAGUGCAACCACACGCUGACCGGCCACGACGGCGGGGACUGCCGCCACCUGCGCCACCCCGCCUUCACCAAGAAGCAGCAGAACGGGGUGUGCGACAUGGACUGCAACUAUGAGCGCUUCAACUUCGACGGCGGGGAGUGCUGUAACCCCAACAUUACCGACGUCACCAAGACGUGCUUCGAGCCCGACAACCAGCAUAGAGCAUACGUGGAUGUUAAUGAGAUGAAGAACAUUCUUAGACUGGAUGGAUCGACACACCUCAACAUCUUCUUUGCAAACUCCUCGGAGGAGGAAUUGGCAGGAGUAGCAACUUGGCCAUGGGACAAGGAGGCCCUGAUGCACUUAGGUGGCAUCGUCUUGAAUCCAUCUUUCUACGGCAUCCCUGGGCACACCCACACCAUGAUCCAUGAGAUUGGGCACAGCCUGGGCCUCUACCACAUCUUCCGAGGCAUCUCGGAAAUCCAGUCUUGCAGCGACCCCUGCAUGGAGACCGAGCCCUCCUAUGAGACCGGAGAUCUCUGCAGUGACACCAACCCAGCUCCGAAACACAAGUUCUGCGGUGACCCGGGGCCAGGGAACGACACGUGCGGCUUCAACAGCUUCUUCAACACUCCAUAUAACAACUUCAUGAGCUACGCAGAUGACGACUGCACGGACUCCUUCACGCCCAAUCAGGUCGCCAGGAUGCACUGUUACCUGGACCUGGUGUACCAGGGCUGGCAGCUCUCCAGGAAGCCGGCGCCCAUCGCCCUCGCCCCCCAGGUCGUGAGCCACACGGCCGACUCUGUGAUGCUGGAGUGGUUCCCUCCCAUCGACGGCCACUUCUUUGAAAGAGAAUUGGGAUCAGCAUGUGACCUUUGCCUGGAAGGGAGAUUCCUGGUGCAGUACGCCUUCAACGCCUCCUCCCCGAUGCCCUGCGGCCCAUCGGGACACUGGAGCCCUCGGGAAGCAGAAGGUCAUCCAGAUGUUGAGCAGCCCUGUAAGUCCAGCGUCCGCACCUGGAGCCCCAAUUCAGCCGUCAACCCACAUACGAUCCCUCCAGCCUGCCCUGAGCCCCAAGGCUGCCACCUUGACCUGAGAUUCCGCUACCCCUUGGUCCCCGAGUCUUUGACCGUCUGGGUGACCUUUGUCUCCACUGACUGGGACUCUAGUGGGGCUGUCAAUGACAUCAAACUCUUGGGUGUCAGUGGGAAUAACAUCUCCCUGGGGCCUCAGAACAUCUUCUGUGAUGUCCCGCUGACCAUCAAGCUCCGGGAUGUGGGCGAGGAGGUGUAUGGCGUCCAGAUCUACACGUUGGAUGAGCACCUGGAGAUUGACGCGGCCAUGCUGACCUCGGUGGCAGACAGCCCACUCUGCCUGGAGUGUAAGCCACUGCGGUACAAGGUGGUGCGGGACCCUCCUCUCCGGGUGGACGUGGCCUCCACCCUGCACUUCGGUAGAAGGUUCACAGACACAGAUGUCCAUCUUGGCAGUAUGUACCAGUAUUGGGUCAUUGCUAUUUCAGGAAAUGAAGAGAGUGAGCUGUCACCUGCUGCCACGUACAUCCACGGAAGUGGGUACUGUGGUGAUGGCAUCGUUCAGAGAAGCCAAGGUGAAGAGUGUGACGACAUGAACAAGAUCAGUGGGGAUGGCUGCUCCCUCUUCUGUCGGCAGGAAGUCUCCUUCAACUGUGUUGAUGAACCCAGCCGGUGCUAUUUCCAUGAUGAAGUCAUAUUUGGGGAAAGCACUCCAUUUGGGAUAUACCACUGGCAUUCAAUGGUGUGUCGGACCAAGGUGAUCGAUCUCAGCGAAGGCAUCUCCCAGCACGCCUGGUACCCUUGCACCAUGAGCUACCCGUAUUCCCAGCUGGCUCAGACCACUUUCUGGGUCCGGGCAUACUUUUCUCAACCAAUGGUCGCUACCGCCGUCAUCGUCCACCUGGUGACCGAUGGGACCUACUAUGGGGACCAAAAGCAGGAAACCAUCAGCGUCCAGCUGCUUGAUACCAAAGAACAGAGCCACGAUCUAGGCCUCCACGUCCUGAGCUGCCGGAACAAUCCCCUGAUUAUCCCUGUGGUCCAUGACCUCAGCCAGCCCUUCUACCACAGCCAGGCGGUACGCGUGAGCUUCAGUUCACCCCUGGUCGCCAUCUCGGGGGUGGCCCUCCGCUCCUUCGACAACUUUGACCCCGUCACCCUGAGCAGCUGCCAGAGAGGGGAGACCUACAGCUCUGCGGAACAGAGCUGUGUGCACUUCGCAUGUGAGGCCGCAGACUGCCCAAAGCUGGCUGUGGAGAACGCUUGGCUCAACUGCUCUGGCGGUGACGGCUACCACGGCGCCCAGUGCACUGUGCGCUGUCGGACCGGCUACGUGCUCCAGAUUCAGCGGGACGACGAGCUGAUCAAAAGCCAGACAGGACCCAGCGUCACGGUGACCUGUACGGAGGGCAAGUGGAGCAAGCAGGUGGCGUGCGAGCCGGUGGACUGCGGCGUCCCGGACCAGCACCACGUCCACGCCGCCUCGUUCUCCUGCCUCGAGGGCACCACCUUCGGCAGCAAGUGCUCCUUCCAAUGCCGCCACCCGGCGCAGCUGAAAGGCAACAACAGCCUCCUGACCUGCAUGGAGGAUGGGCUGUGGUCCUUCCCGGAGGCUCUGUGCGAGCUCAUGUGCCUGGCUCCGCCCCCGGUGCCCAACGCGGACCUCCAGACGGCCCGGUGCCGCGAGAGCAAGCACAAGGUGGGGUCAUUCUGCAAGUACAAGUGCCGGCCUGGAUACCAUGUGCCCGGCUCCCCCCGGAAGUCAAAGAAACGGGCCUUCAAGACCCAGUGUACCCAGGAUGGCAGCUGGCAGGAGGGAGCUUGUGUUCCUGUGACGUGUGACCCUCCUCCACCGAAAUUCCACGGGCUGUACCAGUGCACCAAUGGCUUCCAGUUCAACAGUGAAUGCAGGAUCAAGUGUGAAGACAGCGAUGCCACCCAGGGCCGCGGGAGCAACGUCAUCCACUGCCGGAAAGAUGGCACCUGGAGUGGCUCCUUCCAUGUCUGCCAGGAGAUGCAAGGCGAGUGCUCGGCCCCAGACCAGCUCAACAGCAACCUCAAGCUGCAGUGCCCUGAGGGCUAUGCCAUAGGGUCAGAGUGCACCACCUCCUGCCUGGACCACAACAGCGAGUCCAUCGUCCUGCCAGUGAAUGUGACCGUCCGUGACAUCCCCCACUGGCUGAACCCCACGCGGGUACAGAGAGUGGUCUGCACGGCUGGUCUCAAGUGGUAUCCUCACCCUGCCCUGAUUCACUGCGUCAAAGGUUGUGAGCCCUUCAUGGGAGACAAUUACUGCGAUGCCAUCAACAACCGAGCCUUCUGCAACUAUGACGGUGGAGAUUGUUGCGCUUCUACAGUGAAGACCAAAAAGGUCACACCCUUCCCCAUGUCUUGUGACCUACAGGGUGACUGUGCUUGCCGGGACCCCCAGGCCCAAGAACACAGCCGGAAAGACCUCCGAGGAUACAGCCAUGGCUAAGGAAGGACAAGGAGUUGUCAAAGAAUUCCCAACGCCAGGACCCGCAUCCCUUUGGUAUUGAUUUCACAGUCAGCUGCUCAACGGAAUGGCCUCUCCACACCAGGGAUCCUUAGCACCCAACCGGUCUGCCUUUAAUUUCACCCAGGAAGGACUCGUAGAGUGGGCGUGUGAACCAAGUCUCGCCAUGUUGGAUGAUGGAAUAGAAUCCCAUCUCAAAGUCUUAGAAGGAUUGCACAUACAGCGUGCAGUCCCUGAGCCUCCUAAAAUUCUAACCAUUUGUCACGUGACCACAGCGAGAAACAUAUUCUGUAUCUAGGAGUGUGCCCAUCUGUGGUUAGUACGCAUGCAUGCAUACGCACCCGUGCAAACAUCCGUGGGAGGGCAGUUUUGGAGACUGAGCAGAGAGAGACUGGGACAGACUCAAUCCUUCCUCUCCCAGGCUCUUAACCAACACUGUCCUUGGGAGAAAGAGAGUUACAGAAACUGCUAAGACCAAGUGUUAAAUGCCAAGGUAGCUCACACCCUGAGGCUUAUAGAAUACGUAAGGUGUGCCUGAGUGUGCAGUCCUUUGGGAUUGGAAGUGAAAUGGUCUCUGAUCACCUCCCUUCUAGGGAAGUAGGACCCGAGGAAGAGGUAAAGAAUCCAAGGUAUGCAAAGCCCCCAGGGUUCGAGGCCAGGCUGGAAAUGGCUUAGGAUUGCAAUGUCGAGGUAUUAUAACAGCCCCCGGCUUGAGGCCAUAAUAUCCCUCACAUCCCCCACAUCUUGCCUUGGGACCACACUUGCUGCUACUUUUCCAGCUGCUCUAUCCUAUACAUGAGUACCCCAAGGUGGUAGGACUAGGUUAGGAAAAACCCCCACACAACCAAACAGUCUGCCUUAAAAGUGACCCACAUUUCCCCACCACUCCUCACGUCUUAGUCCUUCUGCAAGGGAAAACCCCUCAUUGGCCCACGUGGUGAGAAGUGAAGGCCCCCCUGGGUGGGCUUCUCAUCCUGGAAGGGGACUGAGGGGCUUCCGAUGCUGGAACCCUCACCGAGAGUCCAGAAUGUCUAAGCCAGUGUUAGAUUUUACAAGCAAGAGGAACAGUGUUACAUUUCUAUGAUGUCAGAACCCUCCGGAAACUGUUGGGAUGGCAGGGACUCUUGGGUUAGCAUCCUUAUCCAAGUCUUCCUGCCCCUCCACGGCGAGAGCAGGCUUUGGGUCUGAGGACCUCAUUGUGCCCUGAGUAGCAAUAGUUCUGGAGCAGAGAAGCAUCUCGGAUGGGAUCCACACCUGGACUGUGUUCUAGACGGGCCUUCAGGGGAUAGCCCAAGGGUUUCCAGUCUCGGUCCCCACCCACCCAGCAUGGUCAUCAUGCCUUCCACAGAGCCUUCAGCUCCCAUACUCCCAUCGACCUCUGUCCCAGGGUGGCCCUUGCCUCCUCUCGCCCAUGUUCAGCCUCCAAAAGUUAAGAGGAAAUUAGCCAGAUGCUCACAGAAGCCCCCACCUCUUUGGGGUCCUCUUUGUUCAGCCAGUUAACCUGUCCACUCCUUUUGAAUUAGUAAGGGAGGUGAGGAAUACAGAAUGAGGUGGAAAGAAGGCUGACAUUUACCAUGAUCUCUGAAACUGAGAAAGCGAGGUGAUGGGAGGGUCUAAGAUAGAGAUAGUGCAUAAAUAUUGCCCCCAAUCAUCUCAAGUCUAGUGAAGACAACCAACCGAAAAACCAAUAGCAUAGACAUGGAAGGUACCAAGCAUGUGGCCGACUCUCCUCAUUCCUGCAUCCAACACAGUCGCUGUUCAUCAACUAGAGCCUUUUUUUUUUUUUUUCCAACGGGGACCAAAAAUAACUUCAGAAACCUUCCUACUGUUCUCUCUCCCAGCAGCAGCUAACUGCUGACCGAGAACACUUGAGAAGACGUCUGUUGGCCAUCUGUGGUCUGUUACAUUAAUAACUAUAUCAAGGUGCUUUUCGUACAGGUGCCCACAAAUAAGGACGCAGUGCUUAGAUAGUUUUGUGUGGCUUCUGCCAUGUUACAGUCUCCGAGAUUGGGUUCCAGGCAUGCCAUCGUUAAGGCCUGACUCAGAUCCAUUAUGUUUCCUUCUUACAAACUUGCAUCUCAUUUAUACUGAGGGCAUGGGGUUUUUUUUCCCUUUAAUUACCAGGGCCAAUCUUUGGCAAGAGAAUAAUAAUUGUAUAAGCAUCGAUUCCAUUUUGUAUCCCUCUCCAGUAUCUUAGAACUCUGGCUAAGUCUUCAAGUCCCCUCAUGCCCUUGCUGAGUUAUCAACCUGAGUGGUGCUAGAUAGGAAGGAACAAAUGAGGUAAGAUGUUAACAGAGUUGGCUCUCCCAGCUGCCUUUUUUUUUUUAACAUCAGUAAGUAGCGCAGAGAGCCUGGGAGACCUGAAGACAACAUUCCUGACGGUGGGGUGGCAGGAACCACAGCAGAACCUCACCAGCUUCCUUUUAGCCCACUCUCACGCUCUUUCCUCCUCCACUCACCCACAUUCUGCAGCUGACUUCUGCCUUCAGAGUCUCAGAUUGAUCAAGCCCUUCUCAGCAAAGCGUCUCCCAGUCUCCUCCUCACCAUCAUUCAAACCUGUUACUCACAAAUGCCUAUUUGCCAGGGAUAUUAGGUGGGAGAGGCUGCCUGGUGGGUGGGCAGCUUCAGUCCCACAUGCAAGGUGCCACUGAUAGGUCCUUCUCCUACCUUAGUGGAGGACGGUCGGCUCCAUGAAUGCAGUGCGCUGAUACUCAGCUUCAUUUGCUUUCUGGGGGUAAACUCACUCUCACCCCUUUAUCAACUUCAGUUUAGGGCGGCGGAGUACUCACAGGAGGCCUCUCUGCAGCACUGCUGUCUAUCAGCAACUCAGAGGUCCUAAAGCACUUGGAGGUUCUGAAGAUGGGUUAGCUUCUUCAGAACUUUCUCCAGAACAUGGAGGUUCUGAAGAAGGAUUCGCCUGUUAACAGCAAGAAAGAAAAGAUCAGGUGGACAGGUCGCCAAGCCUUCUCUUAGGAAGACUUUCUGAGCCUCAGCCCUACUGGCUGCCAGAGGGCCUGUGUUAUCCCCUAGAUUCUGUGCCAGCCACCUUUUAAGGGAAGACAACCCUUGGGAAGUCCAUUCUGGAGGCUGAACGGGGGGUGUUAUGAAAGGGGGAGAUGAGUGGUUGUAACUAGUAGGGCUCUGAGGAUGGAGGGUAUCAGCUGCUUCUCCUGGCUUCAGCAUGUUGAGUCACUGCCUAGACAGUGCUCUUGGUCUUUUUCCCGCCUUGGCCAAUGCUUCAAUGCUAUUUGUUGACAAUAAUUCUUUGAGACAGAUUCUGGCUACCUCCCUUCCAGGUUUGGUUUAACUUGGUUCUGUCAGUUUGUUAUAGGUCUUACCUGUGUUAAGAAAGGAAAGAAAGAGAGGAAGAAAAAGAGGAGGAAAGAGGGAAGGAAGAAAGGAAA